CAGAACGGGCGCUGGCAUGUAAGGAUGGAUACCUAGAUGAUGCUCGGCAUCCUGGACGUGUUGGGGAGGCACUGAAUUAAGAGGUGAUCCAGAUUUUAAGCAGGUGAACAGAUCUAAAGGUGGAGACUCAGCUGCAGAUCAGAGGAGGAGCUUCAUGGCACAAAGUGGACCCCAGGUUCUAAAAGAAAACAUUCUGGCCUAAAAUCUUCAUGACCAGUUUUGUGGCUCUGCAAACAACCCGGUGUUUCCUUUAUUUACUGGGAGACGUCCCUCGCUCUGGCUGGAGAUGAGGUUGGCCGGCUGAGGAGGCGUUCAGGCUGUGCUGGUGGCAGCAUGGAGGAGGUGUGCUAUGUGGGAAGACGGGACCUCACCUGCCUGCUGUGGGCUCAGGUUGCUCCUCUGUUGCUGCCUGGGGAGGAAGAGGAGGGUCCAGCCAGAGGCGUCACGGCCGGAGGCGUUCCCUCACCCUCACCGGCUCCCAGCGGAGGGCAGCCGUAUCGGAACCAACCGGCCCUGCUCACAGAAGUUCAGCUCUGGUUUGGGCUCCCUGCCUCAGCUUGAAACGCCGGUGGUCCAGGUGGUGGUCAGCAAUGCCAAAAACCAGCACCAGCAGUCCGACAACAUCCUGCCCCAAAUCACCAACAAAGGGGGUCAAAACAACUACCAAACGGUCGAGAGGUCAAAGCCAACGCAGCAGUUCUCGAUGCGCGGCGGUGCAGCGACAGAUAAAGUGUCCGCGCCUCGAAACAGCAAAGUCUUCAGCAACAAGCUGGAGAAGGAGAAAGUGUAUGAAGGACAGAGGCUGCCCAUGUCACCUACAGAGGCGAUCAAUAACUUCAGGGAGCGCCUGACGGAGUUCGAGCAGGAGGAGAUCAACGACUACGCAGAGGUGUGGUACCUGGGUCUGGGCUCCCAGAAAAUCGAGGGUUCCCAGGGAGCGGCGCAGAACAACGGAUACGAUGACGAACACGGGAGCUACGUCAGGGUGCUGCAUGACCACAUUGCAUACAGGUUUGAAGUUCUUGAAGUGAUCGGGAAAGGGUCCUUUGGCCAAGUCCUAAAAUGUUUGGACCACAAGAACAACGAACUGGUCGCCAUCAAGAUGAUUCGCAACAAGAAGAGGUUUCAUCACCAAGCUCUCGUCGAGCUGAAGAUUCUGGAGGUGAUAAAGAAGAAGGACAAAGACAACCUGCACAACGUCAUUCACAUGAAGGAGCACUUCUACUUCCGGAACCACCUUUGCAUCUCCUUCGAGCUUCUCGGGGUGAACCUUUAUGAACUCAUCAAAAAGAACAACUUCCAGGGCUUCAGCCUGGCUCUCAUCCGGCGGUUCGCCCACGCUCUUCUCCGCUGCCUGCAGAUGCUGCACAGGGAGAAGAUAAUCCACUGUGACCUCAAACCGGAGAACAUCCUUCUGUCCCAGCGAGGGCCGGGAAACAUCAAGGUGGUCGACUUUGGAUCGAGCUGCUACGAACAGCAAAGAGUGUACACCUACAUCCAGAGUCGCUUCUAUCGCUCCCCGGAGGUGAUACUGGGCCACCCGUACAGCAUGGCCAUCGACAUGUGGAGUCUGGGCUGCAUCCUAGCUGAGCUCUACACCGGCUACCCUCUCUUCCCAGGAGAGAGCGAAGUGGAGCAGAUAGCCUGCAUAAUGGAGGUUCUUGGGAUGCCUCCAAAUGAUUUUGUCCAGUCGGCAUCAAGGAGGAAAUUGUUCUUUGACUCCAAAGGAAACCCGAGGAACAUCACUAACAGCAAAGGGAAGAAGCGGAAACCCGACUCCGUGGAGAUGUCAGCGGCACUGAAAACCAACGAUCCUUUGUUCCUGGAUUUUAUCCAGCGCUGCCUUGCUUGGGAUCCAACAAAAAGAAUGACCCCGGAUGAAGCGCUGCAGCACCAGUGGAUCCUGGAAGGAAAUUUCAACAAAGUCCGAUCCAGAACCAAGCCGACGGCAAAGAGGACCACCGACAGCUGCAGCAGCAGCGACAGACCAGCAAACAGCCGGCCUGCGGAGAAGGUCGGCUCAGAGCAAGGCAGCAACGACAAGCUGAAGAGGGACAGUUCAGCCGCUGGAACGAAGACGGCGUCUGGCGAACGUCUGCGGCCCAUCGGGGCGUCGGCGGAGGAGGAGGUGUGUGAAAGCGACGGCACAAAGAGCCAGGCAUCAGGAGGGGGCGGCGAGAGGCCCGUUCACAUCAUCAUCAAGCCUCAGGAGGAAAUGAGCACGGAACGGAAAGACGGCUAGAAACCGUCUGAGAAGGUCGCGUUGCAUUCAUGACAGCUGGGAAAUCCGGACGUUCAGAGGCGAGGCUAAAGGAAGCGACUGCUGUUUGGGUCUGGACCUGCAGAGACGCUUAAUACGGUGAACGGGUUCAGCGACGUCUCACCGUAGAGAAAUGAAGAAAUCUGAUGCUAGAAAGCAGCUCAAGUGGAUUUUUUCCAACAUUUGCCACAUGAUGAGAAAAAAACAGGAGAAAAAAGAGUGAUGGACACGUUUUAUGUUCUAUAUUCUUGUCGAAUUUAAAUCAUUGUAUUUUUAUAGACGUUGUGAUGCAUUUAGUUUUUUUUUGCAGACAUUGUAACUAACUUUUUCACAUCUGAAACAUGAAACUUUACAGACCUGCUGUGGGUUAAUUUCUGGAUUUAAAUCUUUGCUGUGCAUUGCAAGAAAAUCUCAGAUUUAAAAAAAAAAAUAGACUUUAGCUUUAGGAAAAUCCAGUAGAGAGCAGGAAAAGGUCUAAAAUGCUCUUUGUUUCUUGAAGACUUUAUCUCCUCACAAUAGUUUAAAAUGUUUAAAUAUUGAGUCUAAUAACGGCUGAGCCAAAUGAUUUUUAUGACCCAAUUUAUCAAGACACGUUUUAUUUGCAGAAUUAGGUUGAUGACUGGUAUUACUUAUUAUUUCUUCUUUAUUUAUUGUGGAGUAGCUUGGAGCUUGCUUUUCAUAUGUCUUGAGAAAUUUAACUAAACCCUAAAAUGUGGAUUUGUAAGAGAAUCGAUUGUAUAUAUUUCUGCUGUAAUUUCUUAUACAUAUGUAAAAGAGAACAGAUUUUAAAUUUAGACAAGGUUUUACUUGUUGUGCUGUUACUACAUGAUAUCGUUUUGUAUGUUUGUUAUUCCUAAUAUUUUUAUAUUAGAAGCAAAAAGACAAUCCUGUCAUUGAUAGUUUGUGCCUUGCAGUAUUAGAAAUCCAGCACUUUAUUGUUGUUUUGUCGACACUUGCAUUAGAAACUGCAGCGUUCCUGUCCAAAUAUGAUCCAGGCCUCCUGCCAGGAGCGCUUUUAUUUAAUAACACAGUCUCUAAUUCUGAAUAGAUUAAUUAUUUAUAACUUAUUUUUCUGUUUGUUUGUUUUUUUUUUUAAACAAAAAAACUUUGAGAAAAACAUGUCCCCACUAUGUAUAAGCUGAAUAAUGUGAUCCUUAGAAGAUUGGACUGGAGCUGUUAAUACGAGAAUACAAGAAAGAAGCAAUUUUCAUGUAUUUCAUGCUGAAAUAAAUGCUGUUUGAAGGACA